GUCAUUUGCAUACAACUUCCAUCUUCUGGAACCAAUGGAUCCCUGUUACAAAAGUUGCUCUUAAAACAUAAACAAAAACAAAAGAAAAGAAAACAUUUUUAUAUUUGUCGUCAAUAAUAAUGGCCACUUUCUGCUUACAUGUAUAUGAAUGUAUAUAUUACUAUAAUACGUAGCUGCUCGUGUUUCUUGUCUAAGUUCUCUGUUAUAGUUAGGAGACAAAUAAAGAGAAUUAGAGAACAGAAGACCAGAAAAAUAAAGAUGAACACAACCAACAACGUGUUUGAUGUGUCACCGUUCUUGCUUUUAGAAGCAUCUGCAGAUUCCGAAGCUGGCCACGACAGCGUUGACGAUGAUAAAUGCGUUAAGGAUUACGAUCUUGGUCAUGAGUCUUCUAGUGCCAGUUCUUGCGAGACGUCUUGCGUGAGUCAGAGAACGAGUUUGUUAGGUUUUGACCUGCAGGACGAUACGGUGAAUCAUGAAGAAAGAGACGCCGGAGAUGAAGAAGACGAAGACGGAGAAGGAGAAGUGAAUAGCUACAUAAGAUGUGGGAGAAGCCAACGUGAAAAUCUGGCUGUGGAUUCUGCUGCGGUGGUGAGUGAGAUGGAUCAAAAUCGAAUGUUCUGGGAAGCUUGUCUCGCAUCUUGAUCUGUCUUUAUUAAUUAAUGUCAUCUCAUCAUCAACAGAGAAAACAAAAUAGUAUAUAUCUAGCUUAGCGUAGUGUUCUUGUCUGUGUUUCCCCUUUGGCUUUUAAUGCACAACUAAUCGAUAUGAUAUCUACCCAUUAACCUUAAUUAGUCCCCUUUAGCGUAGUGUAAAUUUGUUUUGAUUCGUCAAGAGAAAAAAAGUGGUCUAAGGGACUGACUAGUUGGAGAAGAAUCCGUAUAAAAUCUGUUAAAAGGAG